AUGCAAGUUCUAGUCGACGUGCCCGCCGUGGAGGCACUUGGGCUGGUGGAGGCGCACCCGUCGACCAUCGAGUUACCCCCGGCCUACUGCUUCGAUCUGACGCCAUCUGAUAUGAACAGGUGGUCCGGACGUGCCACUCGACCUGGGGCCCUAUUCUCGAGAUCGAUCGACAAGAAGUCGUGUCAUUGGUUAAGGCGUAGUUGA